AUGCCCACAGACGCCAAAACGAGCGCCCCCUCGGCCCCCCUCGUCACACACAUCUACACCGCCGACCCGUCCGCCCACGUCUUCCCCCACAUCCCGGACACCAUCUACAUCUACCCCUCGCACGACCGGGAGACGGACAUCACCUUCAACGACUCGGGCGACCAAUACGACAUGACCGACUAUCACGUCAUCAGCACCUCUUUCGCGCCCGACGCCGUCACCACCGCCCAGGGCGUCGACCACGGCGUCGCCCUCUCCGCCAAAGACGUGCCCUGGGUCAGCAAGCAGAUGUGGGCGCCCGACGCGGCGUACAACGCCCAGACGGGCAAGUACCAUCUGUUCUUCCCGGCGCGGGACAAGCAGGGGAGGUUUCGAUUGGGUGUCGCGGUUGGGGACAAGCCCGAGGGGCCGUUUGUGCCGCAGCCGGAGCCGAUGCAGGGCAGUUAUAGUAUCGACCCGGCGAGUUUCGUGGAUGAGGAUGGGAGCUGCUACGUGUAUUUUGGUGGGAUUUGGGGAGGGGAGUUGCAGUGCUACAAGAAGGUGCAGCCGGAGGGGGAGGGGGAUUUUGAUGAGAGUCAGAUCGGGCCCAAGGAGCCGAGUGGGAAAGGGGUGAAAGCGCUGGGGCCCAGGGUGGGGAGGCUGAGGGAGGAUAUGUUGGAGUUCGAUGCGGAGGGGGUGCGGGAGAUCAAGAUUUUGGCGCCGGAGACGGGCGAGGAGAUUGAUGCGGAUGAUCAUGAGAGGAGGUUCUUUGAGGCGAGUUGGCUGCAUAGAAGGGAGGAUGGGAAGUAUGUGUUUAGUUACAGUACGGGGGACACGCAUUUCAUUUGCUAUGCGGUCGGGGAUGGGCCGUUGGGGCCUUUUACGUAUGAGGGGAAGUUGUUGGAGCCGGUGGUUGGGUGGACGAACCAUCAUAGUGUGGUCAAGUACAAGGGGAGGUGGUUUGUGUUCUAUCAUGAUUGCGAGUUGAGCAAGGGGGUAAGUCAUUUGAGGACGGUGAGGGUGAGGGAGGUUACGUGGUGA